CCAACUCGACGAAAAUAGCAUAGAGAUGACGAGCAAGAUUCUGGUCAUCGGAGCGACAGGUAACAUCGGAAAAGUCAUCGUCCAGGAAAGCGCCAAGUCCGGUCACGCCACUUUCGCUCUAGUUAGAGAGGCCUCUCUCUCUGAUCCGGUUAAGGCCAAACUCGUCGAGAGCUUCAAAGAUCUCGGCGUUACCAUACUUUACGGAAGUUUAACUGAUAAAGAGAGCUUAGUGAAUGCAAUUAAACAAGUCGAAGUCGUGAUAUCAGCUGUUGAUCGGGCUCAAAUUCUCGAUCAAGUCAAUAUCAUCGAUGCUAUCAAAGAAUCUGGAAAUGUUAAGAGAUUUUUACCAUCGGAGUUUGACAACGACGUGGAUCGUACUGUGGCCAUCGAGCCAGCGACUGCGACGCUAUCAAAUUACAACAGGAAAGCUCAGAUAAGGCGUGCCAUAGAAGCUGCAAAGAUACCUUAUACGUAUGUGGUCACAGGUUGUUUUGCUAGUUUCUUCGUUCCAUGUCUAGGUCAAUGCCACUUGCGACUCACAUCUCCUCCUAGAGAUAAAGUUUCUAUCUACGACAGUGGCAAUGGCAAAGCCAUUUUCAAUAUUGAAGAAGACAUUGCUACAUAUACAAUAAAAGCUGUUGAUGACCCGAGAACAGUUAACAAGAUUCUCUACAUUUACCCGCCCAAGAACAUUGUAUCGCAGAACGAUAUGGUCGGUUUUUGGGAGAGAAAGAUCGGUAAGAGACUCGAGAAGACUUAUGUUUCAGAGGAAGAGCUCCUCAAAAGCAUCCAAGAGAGUCAGCCACCAAUUGAUUUUGCCAUGGGUUUGAUCCAUACGCUAUUUGUGAAGAGCGAUCAUACCUCCUUCGAUAUAGACCCUUCUUUUGGAGUUGAGGCUUCCGAGCUAUACCCUCAGGUGAAGUACACAAGCAUCGAUGAGUAUCUUGACCGGUUUGUCUGAUAACCCCGUCCUUUUUGUUUCUAAGAUCGAUUGUUUCCAUGUUAGGCGCAAAUCUUAUCUCAAACGAGGCUUAUUUCAUUAUUAUCAAUACAUAACAUAAAAGGUUCAAGUACAU